UUUAUGUUAUUUAUUUGGGGAUACCGUAUAUCAAUUAGUUCACAAUCUAUAUUUGCUUAUUUUCGGCUAACUAUUGAUUGCUCUUCAAUAACUGAAACAGAUCAAUGCUUAUUGGUUGCACGUAACGCGAAAAUUUCACGAGACCCUAAAAAAUAUAAAUGUCGUCGUGAACCAAUGCCACAAAAUGAAUGGAAUAAAUUAGCACGAAAUUCUCCUACCCGGUUAGCUUGUCCUAUUGGAUGCGAACCGAACGCUGAUUUAUCUGUAAGUUUAUCUGUUCUAGUAAAAACACCGAAGAAUAAUCCUUCAUGCCAAAAAUAUUAUACCUAUGGUAAGUAUCGCGAUCAAAAAGAAGGUGAGUGGUAUCUGUGGUUAACAGAUCCUUGUAGAACAAAUAUAACUACAUGGUGUAGAUUUAAAGAUAUACCAUUUUAUGUUCAUAAAGAAAAACUUAGUAAUUAA